AUGAUUAUAAAUCAUCAUCAUACUUUCAUACUUUGUCCUUAUGAAUGUUAAAUUUUUAAUAUGUUAUGUACAAUAGAUGAUAAAUGUAAAAAAAUUAAAUAAGUAGUGAAAAUUAAAAAUAAAUAUAAAUGGAUAUUUGGAUUGGAUGGAUAUUGUUUAUGGAUUGAAAAUAAAAUAUAUGUCGCUAAAAAACAUCUUGUAGAAGCAUAAAGUAUUAAAUUCAUGAAGAAUGUUAAUAGAUUCAUCAUAAUUUACAUCUCAUUUUGGUUUACAAUUAAAUUCUCUUUCACUUUGCUCUGAAAUAAAUUCAAGUGAUGGUUGCAUUGAAGAAAUUGAUGGAAACUGAAUAGAAACUAUCGCUGGAAUGCAAAAACUUCAACAUCUUAGGCUUGUUUAUAAGCUAGAGAUAUAUAUGCUAUAAAAUAUGCUACAGGGUAAUCCACAAGUUCUUGUUAUAACCCAUUAAUGGUUUAUAUAAAACUUAAAACUGCUUGUUUAUUCACUCAAGAUAAAUGUGCUGA